AUGUCUCUCAAAUUUCAUGGGAAGCGUCGAAAAAAAUAUUCAUGGUUGAGAUUUAAAUACAAUCAAAAGAGAGUUUACAGAUUGUUUCAUGGUAUGAUUUUAGGGCAAUGUGUUCGUUCACAAAUGUGUAUAGCUCUCUUCAAGAGGGGUAACCAUUGUGUGGCAAAGGCUGCCGGUGCUAUUGAGGUGAAGAACCUGACAGUGCCAAUACAUGACAAAAAAAUACUGUCAGAUGCAGCUCCUGAGCAAGCUAUGCCAUUACCUUCUCUAGAAGUUCCAGUAGCAACAUUAAGGACCAAAAGGGGCCCCCGCACGAAUAACAACUCUUUGCCGCCGUCUUUGCAGUAUGUUCGAGAUGUGAUGGAACGCUAUAACGAUCAUGUUGUUCUUACUCAGAUGGGAUCCUUUUACGAGCUAUAUUUUGAGCAUGCAGAAAUAUACGCCCCCAAACUGAAUUUAACCUUGACAAGUCGUGAAUAUUCUCACGGUAAAGUAUCUUUUGCGGGUUUUCCUGUUCAGCAUAUUAGCCGCCAUUUAAAAGUCCUUGUAAAAGAACAUGGUUUCAGCGUAGCAAUUGCAGAUCAAUUUAAGAAAGAUAACCUUGCAGAUAACGAACCGAAUAAGUUUUUAAGAAGGGUGACAAGGAUAGUAACGCCUGGAACAUUCAUUGACGAGGCCUUUGAAAAUUUGCAAGAAAAUGCAUAUUUACUUAGUAUCGCAUUUCCAGAGAACUGCUUCAAAUCAACUGCUGAUCUAAAUAUGAAAAUUGGAUUAUGCUGGUGUGAUGUAUCAACAGGGGAGUUAUUUGUGCAGGAAGUGGAAUUGAAGGACUUGGUUUCUGCAGUCACGAGAAUCCAACCAAGAGAGAUUCUUCUGGACGAGCAGCUGCUACAAUAUCACAUAGAAUCGGGCGACUGGUAUCCUGAGAUGGUUGAACUCAAGAAAUUUUUUCUCAAAUAUCAAAAACUCCCGUCAAGGCACCGGACAAUGAACACAUUUCACCACUUGUUUGCAAAUUCUGAUGUUGACGAUCCACUUCGAGAUAUUACAUUAGCUCUACAGGACUUUCGACAAAAAGAAAUUGCAGCUCUAAGAAGUAAUUUGUUGUAUAUUGAAGAGCAUCUACCAGAUACUACAGUUAAUCUGCAGCUACCGCAGAGACAGUUGACAAGUUCAAUUAUGCAAAUCGACUCAAGAACUUCGUCCGCCCUGGAGCUUCAUUCAACAAUCAGAAAUAACAGCAAAAAAGGAUCAUUACUUUCAGUAAUUAGACGGACAGUAACACCUUCAGGGACGCGAUUAUUGACUAAAUGGUUAUCUGCACCCUCUCUUGAUCUUUCAGAAAUUCGAAAUCGCCAAAUACUAGUUCAAUUUUUCAAAGAUAAUAUUGACUUAACAGAAUCGUUGGUAGACAUGUUGAAGCUUACCUACGAUAUGCCACGCAUUUUACAGAAAUUUUCAUUUGGAAAAGGUGGUGCGAUGGAGCUUAUACAAAUGUCACAUUCGAUGCAGAACGCAGUAAAAAUCGGUUCGUUUAUUAAAAAUAACAUAAAAGCACGCAAGACUCCAAUUAACCGUUCACUUAGAUCAAUUUCAACCUCCCUAUCUUUUGAUGACGAUUUAAUGCAUAGAAUUCUUUUUUCCCUGGAUGAAGAGCAGCUAAUAGCCGCUCAGCGCCAGACAACUGAAGAUGAAAUUGAUGAUCCUGAACCUGCUUUAAAAAUACAACCUUUGAAUAAAGGAACGUUAAAUGAGUUUGAGCCAUGGAUUUUAAAGCCUGAAGCCAGUAACGCAUUGCUAGAGCUGCAUAAAAAAUUCGAACUGUUGUGCGAGGAACAGUCUAACUUAUUGCAAAAAUUUCGAGAUAUGUUUGUUGGUAAAUUUCAAGCGAAGGACGUUCAGUUAAAACUGAAGGCAACCAAUGAGUACGCAUUGCAUAUAUUAGGGUCGAGCGCAAACAUAACAAAACUUAUAAACCUUGUUAAUGAAGGUGCGGAUAUGAACAACGAAGCGUUUCGAGUACUACAAAAAUCAUCUCAAUCCUGCUGGUUAGCCCAUAAAUCGUGGACGGAUCUGGGCGAGGAGCUUGAAUACGUAUCAAUGAAGAUAAAGCAAGAAGAAAGAAACUUGAUUAACUCCUUCAAACGUGAAUUUAUCGAGAAAAGUUAUUCAAUUAGGCAAUUAGCACAGGCCCUUGACUACUUGGACGUCCUUACCUCGUUUGCUAAAUUAUCUAAUGAGAAAAGACUAACAUGUCCUCUUGUUGACAACAGCCGAGAAUUGAAUAUUACUGGAGGAAGACACAUUGUAGUGGAAGAUGGGAUGCAGUCCAAAUGUUUAGAAAAAUUUACAGAAAACGAUUGCAAGCUCUCUUCGGGACAUUUGUGGAUUGUUACAGGGCCUAACAUGGGCGGCAAAUCUACUUUUUUAAGACAGAAUGCAAUAAUAGUGAUUUUGGCACAGAUUGGUAGUUUUGUUCCCUGCAACUCUGCACACAUUGGAUUAGUUGACAAGAUUUUUAGUCGUGUUGGUUCAGCAGACGAUCUUUAUAAUGAGAUGAGUACUUUCAUGGUUGAAAUGAUCGAGACCAGUUAUAUUUUGAAAGGUGCGACUGAUAGAUCGUUGGCGAUACUUGACGAGAUUGGCAGGGGGACUAGCAGCAAAGAAGGAGUGAGUAUUGCAUUUGCAACUUUGAAGCACUUGGUUCAAAGAAAUAAGUGCAGGACACUCUUUGCAACACAUUUUGGUCUUCCUCUUAAGAACAUUUCAGAAGCUCGCUGUGACAGCUUAUUCAAUGAAAAAUUACAUUACUAUAAAAGUGGAAUAGUCGACGAUGGAGAUAACUUCUUUUAUGAUCAUAGGCUAUAUCCUGGAAUAUGCAGCAGGUCUGAUGCCUUGAAGGUAGCUCAGAGGGCGGGGUUUCCGGAAGAAGCCCUACAGGUUGCCCGUGAAAUAUUAGAUUAG